GAUUUAGUAUGAUAUAUCAAUAGAUAGCCACAUGCAGCGAAUAAAUUCAUGUGUGGCAAUAGGUUUGCUGACGUCUUUGCUGGCUUUAUUCACAUGUUAACUAUAUACUGGAAAUUCUCGAAAAUUAUGGAUGUAUAUUCAUAUGGCGUACAAGAGAAUUUUUAUAUGAAAAGAGAGAAGGCAGCAGAGAUACUUGGGUGCACUGUAGAAAGCAGCCAUGAAGAGAUACGCAAGAGGUACAGGCAGCUGUCAAUGAAAAUGCAUCCGGACAGGCCAGGAGGAUCAGAAGAGAAGUUUAUUCAGCUAAACCAGGCAUACGAGCUGCUUACAGAAAAAACCGACUCAGAUAGAGAUAUAAUCACAAAAGAUAUGUUUGAAAGGUUUAGAUCUAUCUAUGAAGGAUCGCAGGAAGAGAAAGAUGAGCUGAUUUCUCUCUAUAAAAAGCACAAGGGGCGCAUGGCAAAGGUCAUUGAUGCUCUUUUAUUGGGAGAAGAUGAGCAGGAAGAGAGGUAUAGAAGAAUCAUUAAUGAGCAUAUAAAAGAGAAGAAGGUGGAGGAGUAUCCUGGGUAUGCCAAAGCCAAACCUCUUAUGGCAAACACAAAGAGGCAGCAGAAAAGAGAGAAAGAAAAAGCUGCAGCAGAACUGCUUGCUAAGGAUUUAGAAAAAAGAGCCGAAGAAAGAAAAAAUCGGUAUAACCAAAUGAUUGAAAGACUUGAAGAAAAAGUGGCAAAUCCUAAAAAAGGCAAAAAGUAGUGGUAUAAAUAGAAUUGCGACUAGUUAAAUACAUAUAUUUUGGGUGUUUUAGGACGACUGAUCUGUUCUACUUUAGUAGUAAGUGAUGAUAGAUGCC